GCAUAAUGUGGUUUCCUGUUCGUCUUUUAUAAUUAUAAGAGGCAGUUUUGCACAGAGAGCCAAGUUGGUCAGUUUUGGGAGCACAAAGCUUAAUUGUCCUCUGUCCGGCCGGAAUCAAGAAGGUCUGUUAUAGUGGAAGGUUGUUUCUGUGUACUUAGACAGUAGAUAGUGAUUUCAAUUUGUGCCAUAGCUAGUGUCCUCUAUGGAUAGUCUUGCAAGCCAGCCGUUACAAUCUUUCAGGGUCUAGGUCCGCGAGGCUACUCUAUAGAGCUAGAGAGGUUGUGCUCCAGUGGGAGGGUCCGUUAGGCCACUGUUAAUGAAAGUCAUGUUUCUGGUCACCUCCCUCGUUGAAUUUCACUACCUCAUAAAAAAAUGACAUCCUUCAUUAUUUUCAUUAGCCACACCUACUUGUGGGUGUAUCAUAUGAUAAAUCAUUGAAGUGUACAAUGUUAAAUUACUCUUGUACUGUCCUUCAUGUUUGUGUUGUUGUGUUUAAUUAACAGGAAAUGGGGGUUUUACAGGAAGUGAUGUCACAAUAAUGAAUAAUGAUAACCUCCCUCCCUCAGUAGCUGGUAUAGCCUCGAGACCAGCCGUUCGUUAUCUGAAAGAACGCCUGGUAAAAUUCCAAUGUAGAACUCGUUUAGCUGAGUCAGCGAGUGGUUAGGCUUGAGUAGUUGUGAACAUGAUUGCGGUACAGUAGAACCUCGAUUAUCUGGCUCUCCAUUAUUUGGGACCUCGAUUAUCCGACUUGGCAGUUUUCUUGUUAUCAGAUCAGAAAAUGGGCGUGUCCCUCAAACGCGCAUGCGCGUUGCAGCUGUUACCAUGGAGACAUGCCUGCUUAUCUUCUGCACAUGCACAUACAACCAUGUGGCACUGCUGUUUAUCAAUAAAAUGGGUGGAUCAAGGCGUGGUUUAUCUAUUCGAUUAUCCGGCAUAUUCACUUAUCCGGCCUGCUUCUGGAACCAAGGUGUCCGGAUAAUCGAGGUUCUACUGUAACCGCAAACACAACAAUACUAUAGCUAGCUGCACGUUACUGGAAGCAUCAUAAUGAUAUUCACGGGCAAGUUGCGGGCAAUUAUUGGUCCAAGAAAUUCCUGGACCAGUUCUACAUUGGAACUUGACCAGGCGUUCUUUCAGAUAACGAACGGCUGGUCUCGAGGCUAUAGCUGGUAUAGGUAUAGCGGUAAAGUGAUUCCCAAACCAGAAACAUGACAUUCAUUAACAGUGGCCUUAUCAUAUGGGAGGUUACUGUAUUGGGAAAAAUUGCAUUUUAAGCAGAUCCAUUCAGGCACAGAAAUUACUAUAGUAUAUACAGUGCUGCACAAUAGCAUGCAGGCAUGGGAACUAUUACUGCAACUUGAUGGCAGAUGAAGUCCAUCUGUUUUACGCUUAUUGCAUGUGUGUUUACUGUAUUAAAUGUGGUUUGCUUUUAUCAUCUACUGUAAUUAAAACAACAAACGGAAACUGUUCACCUCCCUAUCAUUAAUUAUUAAUGCUAUAAUAAUUAUAGACAUGCACAUUGCUGUACCAUAAUAACACAGUAUGUGAUGUAGCCUUGAAUCCACGCCGAUUAAAAUACGUGUUUUAAUCGGCGUGGAUUCGAGGCUAUAAUAAUUAUGUGAUGUGACUCAAUUUAGGCCAGGCAAAGUAGAUUAGCAGUUUCUCAUCAGCCCCCUCAUGGCUUCCCAAAGAGGUUCAGUAUUCAUCAUGUUCGGGGUGUGGUCUAAAUUAAUGAGUUACACCCAGCCACAUGGCAAAAUUAUUAAGAAACCAAUUACUGCAUGCAUGAUGUAUUUGCUUGUGUAAUGAAUAUCAUUAAAAUACCUUAUCAAUUUACAAAAACCAUGUAAUGAGAAACUACUUGCCUAAGAAGAUGAGUCGUCAACCAGCUCCUAAAACAAGUCACCAGGUUAAACCACAGCCAAACAAAGAACAAGAGUUGUACGAGCACGUCGAGAUGCAGGAACAAAAAUCUCAUUACAUGACAAUCAAUCGUCCUAACCCCGUUGAAGUUGAGAACAAAUCCCAACUAGCUGGUCAAAUCUGCACUAAAGUCAAGAGGGGGAAAUGUGUUGUGAUUGCACUGAUUGCUGUAUUUAUGGUCAUUGCUCUAGUUGUGUCUCUGGUGGCUGUCAUCAUAUACAGUCCUCUGGCCAGCGGUGGAGACAACACUAAAGUCGAGGAUCUGUUGUCGAGGAUCUCACAGUUGGAAGGAAGAGUGCAAGCAAUUCAGGGGUUGAAUGUCACAGUGGCAAAUACUGUUAAAUCGUCGGCAUUGUACUCUUCCCAGAUAGCCAGCAUGCAAAACUUAAUACAGACCUCAACUUUGGCACAGAACAACCUUCGUCAAGAUUUGGACCGUCUCCGCACAAUCAACCUCUAUGAGGGCUGUAUCCAGGAGACCGGGACUUGUACGAUAACACAAUCAUCAUCAGUCACUAGUUAUGCCACUUGUAGCACUGCUUAUGUAACCAUCAAUCCUGGAGACACACAGUACUUCAUAUCCAGCAUAUUGUGUGAUUUUUCUUAUACCAGCUACUUCACAUCAUCCACAUACUACAAGAGUGGAAACAGUAUUCGCUGCUCCUGUGAAGUUACUGCUCCCAGUAGUUCUGGUCACAGCUCAUUCUAUAUCUAUAAUCCUGUCUGCACACUGACUGUCACCAAGUGUCCUUAUACUAAAAACCUCCUGAGCUGAACUGACUUUAAGUAUUGUUGCUGAAAUGUACUAAACUGAGAUAUUGUGUGUACUUUAAAACAAUGCAUGAAUAGCUUACGUAUACGUUGGUGUAUAUAAUGUUGUCUGUCACCCUCUUGCUUAAUUCUAAUUAAUUGCUUGUACUUGAUUUUUGUAGUAUAUAUAAAAAUAUAGGAUGCGUUGUUGAA